GCUGAGUGUCUGCACGUGCUAUUGAUAUUGCGGAUUUGUUUAGUUUAUUUAAUUUUAAGUUUAAUUUUUUAUAAAUCCAUCUAAUUUUUUUUUGUUUGAAGUUAUAAAAACAUAAGUUUAGUUAAUAUUUACAAAUAAAUCAAAAUGUCAAUGUUGGCGGAUAGACGUUUUCGAAAGAAGUACACAUUAACUCCGCGCGGUAAAGCGCUUUACGAUGAUGACUCACGUUUUGGUACAAAAAUUUUAAAAAAGAUGGGUUGGUCAAAAGAGAAAGGCCUUGGCGCGCAAGAAGAUGGUUCAAAGGAUUUUGUACGUGUUCAAUUUAAAAAUGAUGCUUCAGGCUUAGGCUAUGAAAAUCGCGACGAUCAGUGGACACAACAUGAGGAAGACUUCAAUGGUUUUUUAAAAUCACUAAAUACUGAUGACGUUGAGAAUAAUAAUGAACAAAAUGAGAGUGGAUCCGAAGAAGAGCGGUGUGUUGGAUUUGGUUUUUCAACGGAAGCAACUGAAAAACAAAAAGAAAAGAAAAAACUAAAAGAAAAACUUAGCGGUCAAUCGUUAGAGGAGCGUUCCAAAAAAAGUAGAGCACGAGUUCAUUAUAAAAAAUUUACGAGAGGCAAAGAUUUAACACAGUAUAGUGAAAAGGAUUUGGCAAAUAUAUUUGGUAAGAAAGGUAACGAAACUGAAGAAAUACCAAAGGCAGAUAUAAAUGAACAGCUUGGUGCGAAUGAAAAUAAAUUUAAAAAAGAAAAACAAGAGGUUUUUGAGAAUCCAUUGAUUAUAUCUACAGGACUAUCUGUUAGUGAUUAUUUUAAACAGAAAAUGGAUGCUAGAAAAAGGCAAGUUGAAGUUAAUAUUAACAAUGAAGAUGGCAGUUCAUCGACUGAUAAAGAAAGCGAGGAAAUUAAAGUGAAGUCUAAGGAACGCUCAGAAACAAUAGAACCGAAUGAAACCAUUGAAAAUAUGGAGGUGUCGAGCAGUAAAAAAAAAAAUAAGAAGAAGAAACUACAGGAUGAAUCGGACGAAAAUGAGGUUGUAUUCAAGAAAAAAAAGAGGAAAAGUGAAGAUGGUUUACUUGCAGAACGUGAUGUGGAUGAAACGAAAAAAACUUUAAUAACGGAACAGGAAAAACAAAUUGAUGAAGAAAUAGAAAGUACAGAAGGAAAAGCACGUAAGAAGAAGAAAAAAUCAAAAAAACAAGAAGUUGAUGACACUGAAGUGAAUUUGGAAAACGAAGAGUUUAGAAGUGAAGAAAUAUCAAUAGAAGAUAAUACAAUACGCAAGAAAAAGAAAUCGAAAAAAGAUAAAAAUCAAAACUUGUCUGAUUUAAAAGAAACAAACCAAGUAGAUAUAAAACAAGAUAUAAUUCUAAAUAAAAUUGUUUCUUUAGAAAAUGAAGAAAGUAAUAUAUUAAAAUUAAAAAAUAAG